AUGGUAUCUUGGGUGUUCGCCAACAUCGUUCUCCUUGCAACCUCGGUCUUGGGCCUGGUGGAGGCAGAUUCGCGUCGAGCCUGUUCCAAAGCCAGGUUCCACAUUGAGAACGCAACUUCAGUCGCGGCCUCGCAUCACACCAAGGGCGAAGUCCUUGCCCUACCGAAUACGGUCGACUCAUGCGGCGGUCCAACUUACAAAGUCAACAUCACCAACGAUAUUUGUCGGGUCAUGGUCAAUGUAUCCACUAGUGCUACGAGCACCGUCCGUCUGGAUGCGUGGCUGCCAUAUGAGUGGAAUGGGCGUUUUCUUGCCACUGGAACUGGUGGAGAAGGAGGCUGUAUAGAUUAUCUGACUAUGGGCAAUGGUGCACAGCUUGGUUUUGCUGCCUUGGGAACCAAUGCCGGUCAUGAUGGCCAAACCGGCUUCGACUUCUUCCUGAACCACCCGGAGGUCAUAAAUGACUUUGGCUAUCGGAGCAUCCACGUCGAGGCCAUGGUCGGCAAGCAGAUUGUGGAGCAAUACUAUGGCAGGAAGGCCCAGAAGAACUAUUAUCAGGGCUGUAGCACCGGUGGUCGACAGGGUUUCCAGAACGCUCACUUGUAUCCCGAAGACUUUGACGGUGUUCUGAACGGCUCUCCCGGUAUUGACUGGUUACAUAUUGUUUCGUCAAAAGGAAUCAUGGCGAGACGGAUUGGCUGGCCUUACAUCAACUCAUCCAGUUAUGUGAGGCCCGAGCAGUGGCCGGCCAUUGUCGAGCAACAGAUCAAGAUACUUGACCCGCUGGACGGCGUCACAGACGGCAUAAUAGACGACCCCACUCGCUUCAGAUUCGAUCCCGAGAUUCUUGCCUGUGGAACGGGCAUAUUGAAUGAGUCCAUGUGUCUGAACCCAGAUCAGGUUAACUCUGUGAGAGCUGCAUACCUUCCCAUCGCGGACACGGCAGGCCAAAUUGUGUAUCCUCCCUUCGAGCUCGGCUCAAACACCGACGUUUUCUCAGACAACCAAGUGGACGGUAAACCUCAGUUGAGCUACACGAUUCUUGAGGAUUUCUGGAGGGGCGCAGUCUACAACGACAGCACCUGGAAUGCUCUAGAUUUCAACGAGACGGACAUGGACUUCGCCAUGAAGAUUAAUCCCGGGCGUGUCAACGCCGGAGAGACAAAUCUUACUGCAUUCCAUAAGCGCGGUGGCAAGAUCAUUGCCUACCACGGCCGCAAUGAUGAGACGGUAACUUCGAUGCUGUCUAUGGAGUACUACACUGGGGCCCAGCAGUCUGGCGAGUUCACACGAAAUGAGAUGAACUCCUUCUAUCGCCUGUUCUUCAUUCCUGGGAUGCACCACUGUUCGACUGGUCCUGGGGCUUGGAACAUUGGCCAGUCGGCGCCUCUGGACCAGAGUAAACUCAAUCCAGAGCACAACGUACUGCUGGCACUAGUCGAUUGGGUCGAGAAGGGCAAGGCCCCCGACACGUUCGUCGGCACUAAGUAUAAAGAUGAUGACAUUGCAGGUCCAAUACAGUCACAGAGAAGUAUGUGA